AUGUCGGCCGGUUCUUCCGGUGGCGGUGGGUUUGGUGGAGCUGCAGCAGGGAUGCUAAAAUCACCCCACACCGCCCUCCAGCUGCUGCUGGAGGAAAUCAACUUCCAGCGGACGAAGGAAAUGCGCCAGCAGCAGAAAGAUGAUGGUGGGUUUGUCGUGCUCCAAGGAACCACCUACUGGACGGACCUCUUCGUGCGGCACUUCCUGUUCCAAUCCGAGCCGGAACACAGCAUCGACUGCGAUGAUUUGCUAUUUUUCGUGCGCAAAAAACACAUCAAAAGCUCGUCCCGUUCCAUGCCCCGCUACGAGACAGAAAUCGAAGUGUUCCGGAAGGACUCACGCAAACUCCCAAUCGGUGACCCGGACGUCGACUGGGAGGAAACGGUCUACCUAAACCUGGUGAUCCAUCAGUUUAACUACACGCUAACGCUUGCCAUUUGCACGCGUACCUCACCCAAAGAGCUGCAGGUGUUGCGUCGCCACUCGCAGAAGGUUUACGCCUCGCCAAGUCGCCGGAAAAUGGACACUAAGGGCGAUAGUGAGGAGAUAACGUACCCGCACAUCUGCUUCAUGGUGGACAACUUCGAUGAGGUGUUCCACGACAUCCUGGUGCGUGACGGAGAGAUGGUGUGCGUUGAGUUAGUUGCGACGGAUCGGGAUGGUAGUGUGCAGGGGGUAAUUUUCCUCGGUUCGAUCCGGUAUGACGCACUCAAGAGGGUGUAUGACGCACGGCAAUCCAGCCUCGGCUCGAAAGUGGCCCAACGGAUGUCCUUUGGGUUGUUCAGUUCCGGUGGACCUCAGACACGCUGCGAGUUCGUUCGCAUGAAGGGCCCUCAGGGCAAAGGACACGCGGAGAUGGCCGUCACGAAACCGAAAGGAUCCGGAGUCGAAACACCAACCAGCGAACCAGGGUUCUGUGCCACCGAUAUGUGGGAUUCAGAGUGGGAGGAAGACUGCGAGGAGUACUACAAUUACCGGCACCAGCGGCGACUUAGUGAUCCUAGCGCGAACUUGAACAACUUCAGCCGGUACGGUUGGCGCACGAAGAACGCCGGUGAUCCUGGUUCGUCCUACGGUGGUUCGAAGGCGCGCUCAGAAAAUGAAGGACUCGAUUGUCUCGCCAACGAGGUGUCUGAGAUUGAGGCAGGCGAUUUGCGUGACGAUCGUCCUGCUUCCCCGUCCGCCAGCAACGUUUCGCACACGAACCGUCGAUCGCCGGUGAAACUGCCGCCACCACCGCUCUUGCCCGAUAACGCCACCCCCGGUCGGUGUGCCUUUCAGCAAGCACCUACCUCGAAGGCCAUCAAGGACGAGGGCAUGGAUCCAUUAGAUCGGCCCACAACAACGACGCCACCGGCACCAAGGACAUCCGGGGGUUGCUGCAGUUGCUUCGGAAGGCGCAACUGCAGGUCCACGGAUGCGGACUCCGUGCAGAUGUCGGAGGUUUACGCGCCCUGCCCGACGUGUGGAAGUGGUGGUGGUGGAGACGACGCUCCUGAGGAUCGCGACGAACCGGAACAGGGAAAACCAGACCCGGAAAGACGACGCCGACGGCAACAGCAGCUAGAAUCGCUCGAAUUGCACGACUCCCCGGCUUGCCUGGCGAUGGUGUCGAAAGGACGAUCACCGCUCAUGAAGCACCGAAACGUGCUGAUCGUGGAGAGUGAGCUCGAGUUUGCUGGAGGUGCGAAAGUGCGCACAACGAGCCCAUCAACUACCGGAAAAGGCGCGGCGAAGAAGAAACCGACCACCGGAGAUCUCCCAACCGUGGUAAAACGACGAGAGAACGGAUCGAAAGCGACACAAAGCCCCAAAAAGCGGCUCAGCACGCCGGUGUUCCGUGUUACGAAGCGUGGUGGUGGAUCGGACGGGGACACUACGACCAAUCAGGCUGGUGGUAAAUCAAACUCCAAGACUAAGGCAAGCAACGCCAUUAAUAACAACAACGCGGGUUGUAGACGAUCAGCUCCACCGCUGGCGGCCGCGGAAGCCACCGAAGCGGCUGAGGAGUACGAAAUUGCGGAUGAUGCCGUGUCCUUGAAUGGGGGAAAUUUGACGGGGGUUGGAAACACCCCAGUGGCCACCGCAACCGUGGCUGCACUGAUCGAUCCAAAGCAAAGGAUACGCGUGAACGGACGCGAAGAGUUUCCGGCGGAACGUAAUGAUGGUUCGACCGCGAAUGGGAACGGGAAUCAUCAGCCAGCCGGAGGGAAACAGCACACAAACGUGGUUGUGGCGGCGCCUAAUAUUAAGGAGCACCGGGAGAGACGAACCUCGAACGGUCGAACGGGUGGUGGACCGUCCAUGGUUGGUAGUAGCCGGUUCUCGCUGAUGUACCGUCGCAGUAAGUCUUCGUCGGCUGCGACAACACCUGCGACGGUUGCUGGCACUCGAAAGGACGAAAAGAAAUCCUCCAAAAGCGCUCCAACGGGGGAGGCACGCAAGCGGAACGAAGUUGUCCGCAAGGAGGAUCCUGUUGUCGUGUCAUCCGACCCAGAAUGCCAAGGAUCAGUUCCUGUAGCUACCCCAAAAGACGAUCCACCCGUCGUAGUGCCGGUGGAUCGCGAUAUAAAUGGAAAUCCCGACGAAGGAACCACAGGAAAAGCCAAUGGUGACAAGGAAACGACCACGCAGGAAGAGGACGAAGGGGAAGAACUCAGCAAUCGGGCGAUCUGGGCGGCACUGAAGGAACUGCGGGCCAAGAAGGAAUGUUCCACGCUACCGAAGGUGAAAAAGCUCAGCUACAACAAUGGGUACGCGCGUCCGACGAUUCUGGGAAACGGGCUGGAUGGUCCUGGAGUGGCAUCAGGAGUACCAACGGCGCCGGGGGUGACGGGGGCAACAGCGGCCACUAUCGAAACGAUCCCAUGUCGACGGACACCGGAUGGAACGAACAUCUACUAUCUGUGCGAUUAUCACCCAAGGCGGCACCAUCAGACGGAGAAAGAGCUCGACGAUGGUGCAUACAAUCCACUUUGGACGACAAAAGGCUUCACGCAGACGUUUCACUUCUGGAAGGAGAAUCGACGCCAGCAGUCGACGCCUCUGAACGCCUUUCUCACCUACGUCACGCUGCCGUGGUGGAGCAUAGCGAAGGACCUUCUAGACCACCGGGAGCAACCGAUACUGACGUUUUAAAGACGGUACAUGGUUCGAGAAUUUGUCCUACACCUCAUACACGAAACCACAGGCCACUCACGGACGCGAUAAGGACGUCGAAUGAGUUGAGACUCGGGCGAGAUGUGCUUCUGCUUUCCACUGCCUAACGCCAGUUUAGUUCCUCGAUCGUGUUCGUGGAGUUUUUUUGUGUGAGCUCGAAGGCAUCAACGCGCUCUAGUCAAUCCGGGAACCUCCGGGAAGAACCUGUGAGCCGGUUUCGAGUAAUCAAACAUUCCACCGCGUGGUUGCUGUACAUUUGUUUGUGAUAAUUAUGCAUCUCCGUUCUGGCGCGAGUUCGGGAAAAACGACCAUCAACGAAUCUCUCAGCAAGGCGUGAAACCAUUCCUAGCGGCAGGUUUAGAGGCUUGAAAGUGGAGACAAUUUUAAACGCUUUUACCAUAACUCAUUUAAUCACCUUUCGUUCGCUUCAUAAUGGUUCUGGUUAGUUUUUGCGCACGUGCGCUCAUUUGAAAUCCUGCUGUACUGGAAUUGAUUCCUAUUUUUUAUGCGGAAGCUGGCUAGGGCUUAAACCUUAAAAUCUCCCCCUUUUUCGAGGCUAGUUUUCUACAGUCAAACGAGAGACGAACGAAACGAAAAACAAAGGAAUAAUGUAUUGUACACGUGGUCGGCGGGGAGAAUGGUAAACAUAAAUAUAUAGGCAA